AUGCUCUUUAUGCAGACCACUGGGCUUGUAGGCUUGGCUGUAGCUGAAAACCCUCAUGAGCGCCUGCGAAUACUGUACACAAAAAUCCUUGGUGUCCUGCAGACCAUUCCCAAAGAUGCAGCAUAUAGGAAAUACACUGAGCAGAUUGUAAAUCAGCGAUUUAAUUUGGUGCAAACGGAGACUGAUGUGCAAAAACUAGAGGACAAACUGAAUAGUGGUCACAUAGAAGAAGUCAUUGUACAGGCUGAAAAUGAGCUUUCCCUGGCAAGAAAAAUGAUACAGUGGAAACCAUGGGAGCCGCUAGUUGAAGAACCUCCUUCUGACCAGUGGAGAUGGCCAAUAUAAUUUUCAAAAUGGUGUAACCUCUUGAAAGUGUAAAAAAAAAAAAAAAAAAAAUUAAUUAUUAA